AUGGCCUGGUCCAGCAUGGUGACAAUGCGACUUAUGUUAUCACGAACAGAGCAACUAAUACAACCGCUUAAUCAAGCCCUAGAUAGAAGGGUAAUAAAAAAUAUACAUGUUUUAGGUACCCUAUUACAUGAAAUUUGCGCGACACGUUAAUUUCGCGAAAUUAAAGUAACACGAACAAUGAGUGUGGCGAACAUAACAUGACGCGAAAAUUAAGUGACUCACGUUAUGUCCAUAAUCAAGGAAGAACGAGUUUAUUACCACAGAAACGUUUACAAAUCACAUUUUUUACUUUUGUGAUGAAUUUUUAGUGUAAAUGGAUGUUGUGGUCAAUUAACUCAAGAACAAUAAUUCACGUACAAGCAUGAACUGCUUGGUUGUUACUGUUGACAUUUAGUCCCGCUGUUCGCGUUAUCUGAAGAUUGACAUUAUUGUUCCUUUUAUAAAGUCGUUUUAUUUAAUUCAGACAUGUUAAAUAACAUUGUCUAUGAAAUGUAAGUUGUUGUACUCAAAAACGCGAAUUUAAAGUGAUUCAAAAUAUAAAAUUUUCCCCAAAUCGCAAAAUUUAAUUGCGCGAAAUAUGCGCACAUGUCGCGAAAAUUUCAUGUAAUAAGGUAGCCUCUUCCUGUCUCUCAGAUAGUCACACAAAGCAAAUUAGCAAAGUGACCUUGGAAGUAAACGGCAGGUUAAAGCCCUAUUUCGGGGGAGACACAAUGGAACCUUAAUGUAAUAAAAGGCCAAGGGAAUCGAGGUCCUUUUCCAUAUAACUAUUUUAUUUCACUACUAGGUAUACUGGGCAAACAUUAUUGAUCAUUAAUAAUUAUACCGAGGACUUCGUUACCCAGGGGAUCAUUAAAUCAAGGUUCCACUGUACUUAGGGAAGAAAGGGCGGAUCAGCAGUUCUAUGGUCAUAAAUGGUCUGAGUUUGUAUCCCCAGGUUAAUGGCAGUUGUGGGAGCUUGAGAUUAGGUUUCCUUCUCUUCCCUGCUACACGAGAAUUUUUUCUGGGUAGUCUCCCCCCCCGCUAAAAAACUCUAAAUUCCAAUUCCAUAACUUGUCAAACAAAUUAUUAAUGCAGCUUAAGGUGUUUUGUACCUGACAUAAAUUUAAAGCAGUCACCAUUUUUGAAUAAAGCCUAUUCUAGAAGUGAAGAAAUGAAACUGCUGAGAAGGUACAAACUUCUGUAAUACUUUAACAUAUCAAUCUUGGUCUUCAGUCCUUUCUCCUAAAUCUGAUCUGUUAUCUUUUAUUUACAGGACAUUGACCCUGUAAUCAAAAGACGUCUGAGGGUUAUCUUUGCACCGCAUCUUCCAAAUUCCACAUGUUUGUUUUAUGUCAGUAGUGAUGGUGUCCAUGGGUACAGAGAGAACCAUCAGGAGGGGGAAUAA